AUGCCUUCAGGCCAUGUCAUGAUUUGUCAGAGCCUCUUGACAUUCUUUAUGUUGGAGGCUGUGCGGCAUCAUCUGCUUUCAGCAGUCAUUGUGUCGCUGUUGCUGAUGCCCGCAAUGCCUUGGGCCCGUUGGUACAACGGCGACCACAGCGCAAAACAGGUGGCUCUCACGUUUAUCAUGGCCACUGUUAUAGGUUUGAUCGAUUAUGUUGCGUUCCUGCUGUUCUUCGUGGACGGUUGGGCCAGCGAGACAGAGAAGGUGCUGCUAGCAGAAGUUGCAUCGCUACCAUCUCCAUCGGGAGGCCCAUGGCAGCCAGUAGCAGUGCUGGAUUGCCGCCCCUCAAGCCUAUCACAGCAUCUGUGGAUCGUCGAGGUCGCACUCUGCCGUGAGCAGCAUCGAAGCAGACUCACACACAGAGAGACAAAUCAACGACACGCGCAGACAUGUACCCAGUCAAGCGAAGCUCUUGAUGCAGUUUCACCCACGGUCCAAGGCGGCCAUUCACUUGAAAACGGAGCUGCCAGAGCACGUUUGCUCGUGACUUUGAUCCUUCACCAACAAGAUCAAUCCGGUUCGGAGCAUUUUCGGGGCUCGAGUACGACAGCGACAGCAACCGGGAAGCACUUCCAGUUUCGCAAUGACUCGCUUCAUCCUCGCACUUAUUGUCGCCUGCGCUGUUGCAGAGCCGCAAAGGCACUCACGCGACAUUGA